AUGCUCGCAAAUGGGGACCCCCGUAUCUCAUCCGAAGCUAACGGUCGUGUCAAAAGGCCGCUACUUCUGGAUGCUCCACCUGGAAAUAAGUUGGUGCUUUUCGAUUCGCUCCUCCGCCCUUGCGGUGACAAGAUCCUGGUGUGUAUGGAUGGAUAUACGGUAACUUUCCAAAUUUCCAAGCUGGAGAUACGGCGUCCAAAGCCCAUUGUUGGAGCCACUAGCUUAGUUACCAGCUACGGCAAUAGAUGUCUGGACAAUCUCAAGGCACUAAAUGUGGGCUGCCGAUCCCGCCCGCCACGGUUUUGA